AUGAUGAUAUACUCUAACUUCUUUCUUCUUUCUCUUACUCUCUCUCUCUACCACUUUACGAUCGAAUAUAGCUGACGAACGAAAACUCAAACGUGGAGGUGACAAUCAUUCUGCUGCCCAACGAAAGAAAGUUCGACGUUGAUUUAGGAUCCCGCCCUACAAAAAAAAAUUUUCUAUCGACACGCACUCAACACACACAUCACACAACUUUAUGUUAGCUGUUAGAAAAAGCCUCUUUUUUUUUUUAUAUAAAAAUUGUUUGUUUUUUUUUUAUCUCCUCUCUUUUUUUCUUUUUCUUUUAUUUAUUUAUUUUCUUUUUAUAUAUAAUAAAAACAACUCUACUGUCAUGUCUAGUUUCCGUUCCUGUUACAAGUGUGGUGAACCUGGCCACCAAGCCCGUGAAUGUCAAAAGACUGAAUCUGUUUGUUACAACUGCCAACAAGAAGGCCAUCUCAGUAAGGAUUGGUAAGAAAUAAAAAAAAAAAAAAAAUAAAGACAAACAGGA